AUGGCUCUCUUCUCGCCACGAAAGGAGUACGGCCACGUCGGUCUUCUUCUCGAGCCCAGCAAGACUACCAAUGAGAGCGGUGCUGUCUCGCCUCUCAUGUACUUCAAGGGUCUUCGUGAGAUAUCAUACGGCUUGACUUUGAUGGCGUUGCAGUGGCAGGGCAACGAGAGUGCCGUGACGACCUUUUCGGCGAUUUUGUCUCUUGUGAGGAUUGGUGAUGGGCUGGUUGUUUGGAUGCAUGGUGGUGAUGAGCUUAGGUAUAAAGCUGUGGGCCAUUGGAUUACUGGGCUUGGGUUUGUCGGGUGGGUGAUUUGGAGAUGGAGUUACUAG